UUACCGAGCUCCCCACAUUUCAUGCGAGUAGUCUCCAGACAUCGCGAGGAAACUGUAGGAAACGAACAACAUGACAUUUAACGGCGCGGGAGACGCACGGGACUACGUUUCGAGUCACCCGGAAAUCGCCGAGGUCGCUCGACAAAUUCCGUUCCUUGAUCCCGCAACGGUGACAUCAAGAAUUUUCUCUGUGCGUAACGUCUUCAAACGAAAAGGCGUUGACAUCGCAAAACCCUGUUCCAGGAGUAAUGAGGCAGGAUGCAGGUUGCUUGAGCACGUGACACUCUGCAGUCGAAUCUUAUUCUCCGUUGAUGUUCAGCUCCACGAAAGUAAGCCAGGAGAGCUGAAUGUCUCGCGAAUACCGUCAAAUCAUGGCAUCUUAUCUGAGGUUGCGUUGCUGGACUCUCUGUUUCUGAUCUGCUGGCUAGUGAAACAACACCGCUGCAUACAAGGAAUAGAUCUGUACAAAACAAGCCUAUUUGUCCACUUCCCGACGGCCCUUAAACUUGCCCUCGUACACGGCUCUAACAUUAAAAGCGUCAAAGCAGGCACCCGAAAGGUAUGCGCACACCACAACGUGUUUCUUGAAGGCAUCAGACCCGAGAGCAUGCUAGAGGAUUUUAAAGCACGCUACCUCAAGCUGGAUAUCGAGUCCGCGUCACGACUCUCGGAAGGACUCAAGAGGUCACCGCAGUUGAAAUCUGUUGUCUUACACUACUGUGGCGUCAGCAAAGAGGGGAUGAAGCUCCUGUUGAAAGCACUUCAGCAGUGCAACCACUUGACGUCUCUGCAAAUCCGUGAUUACAGCUUCAAGAAAGCUGCCGCUGUGCAUCUGGCGGAAAUUGUAAAACGCAACAGCUACCUGAAGGACCUCUUUCUCUAUCACAUGCCUGACGACGUAUUAGAAAUUAUAGCGAUUGCGCUCAGAGAGAACAGUUCGAUCGAGAAUUUGAAAAUAAAUGAAUCUAAUGAUAGUGCUCGUAGUACGCCCCACAUUUCUGAGGCCUUGAAGACGAACGGGACAAUACGAACGCUCGAGCUUAAUAACUGUGGUGUGGAGGAAAGUGAUGUGGUUCAGUUUGCUCAGGCUCUCAAAGUGAACGUCACUCUCCGGAAGCUUCAACUUCGAUGGAGCAGUUUCACAGACGCAGGUGCAAGGCAUCUAGCACAAGCUCUGGAGGCAAACCAUACGCUUCGUGAACUCGAUCUCUCCUGUAACGACCUGACGGAAGUGACCCUGGUACAGUUUGUGAAGACCCUUACAGUGAACACUUCACUGGAAAUGGUGCAUCUUGGAACGAUCGCUUUCUCUGGCGAGGUUGACGAAGAGAUUGCUCAGGUUAUCAGAGCUAUCCACCAGUGUUACCACAGAAUCUCUACAAAGUGGAACACCCUCGCGCUGAACGAGUUGGCACGUCUCACUUCGCUCAACUACGGCGACGUCAAAAAGAUCUACAUCUGAUUCGUUGAGGAGACACCCAUGUUGCGGGUGAUCUCAGCACUAGAAUCAAACUGUCACGUCACGGAAGUACAUAUCGAAAGAGCUGAUCACGAGACGCCCGGAGGCGAGAUAGUUAAAGCUCUUGCGCAACUUAUCGAAAAGACCAGGUCCUUCAAGUUUCUCCGCUGCACAUGCCCUUUUGACGCUAACGCUACUUUCAUCAAGGGCCUUACAAAUAACGACACGAUCAACCGUGUCGAGCUCCUGGCCGCAUAUUUUACUACGGAAGUCGCCCGGGCGUUCGCAGCCAUGCUCGAAGCGAACACGACACUGCACGCCUUUGUCACGCAGUUCUCUUGUUACGAAGCAGGGGCGAUCAAAGUGAUUGCGAGGCACUCCCCCAAGAACUACACGCUCACCACAUUCUGGGGGGAUUCGGUGGGUUGUAACUCACGAGCACUGUGCCAGAUUUCCGACGUGCUCCGGAGAAACGAGCUGCUCCUCAAUCGUGCCACGAGGUUUGAGCUGGGCACCUGCAGGGACUGUGAUUGCAGAGAAGCAUUUCGGAUACUCUGGAGGUGCGAUUCCGUGGUGCAGCAAGUUAAGCGUGUCGCAGAGUGUACGGAAGAAGGGGCGAGGCAGUGUGUAGAAAAGGCGAAACUGCUGUUUCUGUAGAGAGGGUCUCUGCUUCCUUACGCAGCGCUUGCUGGUGCUUAUACAAAACGACUCCGUGCUACGUGGGACAGACGUAAAGUUCUUUUUUUUUUUUUUUUUCAUCAGUGCAGCAUGGGAGCAGUCACAUGCCAAACAAGAAUCAUAGCUCUCACUUCUUGGAGCUUCCGUGCUUUCGGUUUUAAUCGAGAAACAUCGAAUACAGAGGAACAUUCGAAGACCCAUGACAGAUAAAUUGCUGCAUAUGCCAGGCUUGCCAACAUGACCUUUUGUCCCGGAUCGGGUGCGCUGGUCGGAAUCUCAUUCUUCUGCCAUUGUAGGUGCCCCAACGCGCCUGUGAACCUUUUAGGGGUGUGACGUCACGUAGAAUCUCGGUCACGGGGGGGGGGG